CGUCUUUGCCUCGUCGCAACGGGGCCGUUGAGCGCCAGCUUGAAAACAGCACGGGCGUGUGUCAACAAAGUACCUUGCUGUGCCUCUUGGGAGCUACUGUGCCUACUUUGGAUGAUUACGCCCUCCGACGAUCACCAUCAACCAGCAUCGAGUAGAGGAGGGACAUGGUGCGCUGCAUCUGGCCCCAUCGGGAACUUGCUAAGAGCCCACCACAGAUCACCGUCGCAGGGAAGCUCGCCGUUAGCUCGACAUUACGACGUCCUUGGGCGUUGGUUCAAUGGCUCGCCGCACCCUCCGGUACGAUGCUGGUCGGCUACGACGCCUUGGCUGGCAUCUGAUUCCACCACUUUGUCAACCACAUGCCGUCACCCAAUGCCUCUGCUUCCAAUUCCAUGCACUACCGAGCCAAUGGAUGCCAUCCCGGCUUCUGUGCAGUCAUACCAAACGCCACUACGCCAGUCGCAACACUGUCGCUGUUCGUCGUCCGCGUUGGAUUCCAGAAGCAUGAAUGGGCCCGAAUCUGGGUCCGAGCCUUUGGUCUUCCAUCACAUUCCGCCAUCAGCAUCCUUAGAAAUUAGGGCAAUUGGAGUGAUUGAAUCUCGCAUGGCAGAGCUGCCGUCGAUGCUUCACAAUCGCCACUGUUACUGUACUGCCGAGACUUGUCUGCAGGACCACCGUCAAUGGAGACCCGCACCUGUUGAUGUACGUCGAACUGCAUUGGCCCUUUGGACGGCAAUUAAAACGACCCAUCGUACGGAUACAAAUAAUCCACUAGCCAACUUGUCGGCCACAGCAUGACUUGACACAGAAAAGUCGUCAAGUAAACAGGUUGGGGCUCAGUGGCCACUGCGAGUCAUGGCUUCUCGUGCGAUUCUGGGCAGCCUGCGACUCCGGCUGAUUGCGGGAUAAGCCCCUCGUCAACCUU